AAGAGUUUUGGGACUGAAGCAUCGCUUGCAUCACAUUUCCUUUGACGUUUAACGAUGCCGGCACCGCUUCUGUCAUGUGGGCCCCUACCCGUUUUGGAUCGUUUCGCUACCGACUAUUGCAACCCGUGGUUGUUCAAGGAUUCUCAACUGUUGGAAGUCCCAAGCACAAGACAUCAGCGGCCAAUGUCUCUGGCGGAGGAGACAUGGUGCCGUCAUCGCGCCUGUAUGUUUCUUGAUAGAGUUGGAAGCAAAGAGGGUGACCAACACAUGAUGAAGAACGGCCGUGUGCGAGGACUAGACCUUAAACCAAAGUUUGUGAGCACCGCGAAGGUUCUACUACAUCGAUUCUACAUGUGUAGUUCCUUCCAAGACAGUCAUUAUCACGAAGUAUGCGGAGCGCUGUUGUACUUGUGCGCCAAGAUGGGAGAAGGCAGAGAAGCGAGAGCCCUUUCAGAUGUUGUCCUGCGAUGUGCUCUUUCCGCGAAAAAGGCCCCUGUCAAUGAAAAGGAUCUUCAAACCUGGACCAAUAGAAUCAAGUUUUGGGAGGGUGAGCUUCUUUACAGACUCUCUUUCGAUCUACUGGUGGACCUGCCACACGGCCAUGCAAUGAAAAUAAUACAGGAUUUCCAUGGUUCCAAGGAGCUCCAAUCAAGAGCUUUCCAAUACUGUAACGAUGCCCUGCUCACCACUCUGACCGUACGAGCAAGAUCAGAACAUAUUGCGCAUUCUGCUAUAUAUUUGGCUUCUUUUAAAUUGAAUGAGCCACUUGAACGGGAUGGUCAGCAGUGGUGGCAGGAACUCGGUAUCGAGAAACGCCGCAUGCAAGCUUAUGCGUACGAAAUCGUCUGUGCCAAAGACGAAAAGAAAGUCAGAGCUAUUGUCAAGGAACGAACCACCUUACUCAAGAGUAAACGUAAACGCCACCACGUCAACGAUCGUCCGAGUAAACGUGCCAAGGUUACUCCAGUGACACCCUCCCCUUCAAGUCCCUCUAAGACUCCACAGCAAACAUCCCCCCGAUUCAGUGACCACUCUGCCCCAUGGAGCACAGCAAAUCACACAACUCAAUCCCAACCGCCUCUUGGUGGUUCCUCCCCUUUUCUCCCUACAGAACCGCUACGCUCCCACCAGCCGCCACCACCAUUGCCUGCAGAGGCUCCACCAACUCCACGAGACCAUACACGCCGAGUCUCCAACGCAAGGCCCCCGUCAAACCAUGAUUCGGUGCGCGGCUCUGAUACCCGGCGCACAUCUCACAGUGGAAGGGCGCCCACACCGUCAGCGCGGCCGUCAAAAAGCCGCGAUCGUACUUCCAGUUAGGAACACCGCUCGAAGCCAUAAUGAGGCCACACGAUAGUUUUGUAAAUAAUGAUGUUUGCGGGAGCCCUAAGAAUAUAGCUCUCCCAAAUACCGGUGGUAACUCGCUUGCAUUUUGCGGGCCAUCUAAGAACCUAAGGAGCAUCCGGACGAUACAUAUCCGCUUCCUUGCUUUUGUCGCAAUAUUGGAGGCCGUGAUCAUUAUGUUAUUAGAGACAUUUCCCGCUGCCGUUCAAUAUGUACAAUUAAAAUUAAACCCCUCUCGAGGAUGUAUGAGGUUCUCUUUUCUGUGUUGACUUGGGUACUAAAUGGUCAUGUUGCUGAGUUUGGGGCCCCUGAUAGGCCAGACGAUGAGGGAGGCGGUGAAUAGUCCUAUCGUGAUACUAGAUUGCGAGCUCGAAGAGUAAACAUCUUGGGAACUGGACCGUAAACACACUCUGCACACUCACCUCAUUCCAAUGAUGAGCAUUUGAAACGCGAAAUUCGU